GUGAAACGAAGAUGGCGGAAUUGAGCGGACUGAAACUGGAGCAGAGGCAUGGAAAAUCCAGAGUGAGAGUAGCUAGGGUUUGGAGAGAUCGAGAUGGGAAACAUCACUUUGUUGAAUGGAGCGUUAACAUCAGCCUCAUCUCCGAUUGUUUACCUGCCUAUGUCUCCGGCGAUAAUUCCGAUAUCGUCGCCACCGAUACCAUGAAGAACACUGUAUAUGCGAAAGCUAAGGAAUGUUCAGAGCAACUUUCAGCUGAAGAUUUUGCCAUUGUACUUGCAAAGCACUUCACCUCCUUUUAUCAGCAGGUCACUGCUGCAAUUGUUAAUAUAGUUGAAAAGCCAUGGGAACGCAUUAGCAUAAAGGGCCAACAACAUGAACAUGGUUUUAAGCUUGGCUCUGAGAGACACACAACUGAAGUAAUGGUCGAUAAAUCAGGAACAUUGCGCCUGACGUCUGGUAUUGAAGGAUUAUCAAUUCUGAAGACAACUAAGUCAGGUUUUGAAGGAUUCAUUAGGGACCAGUACACUAUGUUGCCUGAAACUCGUGAAAGGAUGAUGGCUACAGAGGUCACUGCAUCUUGGAGGUACUCUUUUGAAUCUCUCUCAAGUCUUCCCCUGAAGCCUCUGUAUUUCACAGAGAGAUACAUGGAUGUGAAAGAGGCCCUGCUUAACACAUUCUUUGGACCAUCUAAGGAAGGAGUAUACAGCCCUUCUGUUCAAGCCACACUUUACGAAAUGGCAAAGGCUGUUCUUGGAAGGUUUCCUGACAUUUCAUUCAUUCAGUUGAAGAUGCCAAAUCUCCAUUUUCUGCCGGUCAAUUUGCCAAGCAAAGAUAAACCAGUAAUUGUUAAGUUUGCUGACGAUGUUUACUUGCCAACGGAUGAACCACACGGAACAAUUCAGGCGACUCUCAGUCGUCUUAGGUCAAAGAUGUGAAUUACUGCUGAUCAAAUGGUACUGCCUAUGUUCAUUUGUUUAUAUUUAAGUUGUUACCAACCCAAAGCCACUCAAGGGGAGAAAUGUUCGUAGCAAGAAGCAACAACAUAUAACAUGGUUCUGAAACUUUGGUAGUUCGUUGUACACAUGUAAUAUAUGGGUGUCUAGUUGUUUUUGUCAUGUAAAAUAAAUGUAUUGCAACAUGAUCUAUCAUUGUGAUGUAAUCCAUCUGGAUAAUAAAUCGACGUUAUAAUAUGAAAA